ACGCCACUACUGCGCAUGCGUACACAAGUAUAGCUUUUCACUGCUGUGACUCAAGUCAAAUGUCGCGUAGAACUCAAAUGGAUUUCUAAACAAAAUAUUUACACGGCUUUAAUGCAUUGACAUCUUUAGGACAACUGAACAUUUUUAGCUAUCGAAAUAGCACGUAAUCCGUAGUGUCGCUAGUCUUCUUUGCUUUGCAGAGAUAUGUUUACAUCCCAGACCUCUUCCUUCCAGGAGUCCAUAGACGUGGAUGAAAGGGAUGUAGACUUCGACAACGAAGAGAUCGCCGGAUUUAGCCAGAAGAUACAACAGAUUAACAGCUACUAUGCAAUAUACUACUACCAAAACACAAGAUCUGAGGCUUCUGGAGAGAGUGUGGCCUGGAGCCAGAGGAGAUCAGACUCAACCACAAGUCAGGAUGACUUUAGUCUCACCCUGCUGGACGCCAGCUUGCCAUCCGAUGCGGAACCAGAACUACGAAGCUACAUCUCCCGCAGGCUGAGCAAGGGCGCUUUGCUGGGGGGUAUGGGUAACAUUGCCACCGUGGAACUAAGCAUCCCUGAGCAAGCGGUGGGCUGUUACUGCUGUCUGCUGGAGCAAGAGAAAUCUCCGGAACAGCCUGAGGCCGAUGGCAACGGCUGGGUGGUGUGUCUUCUCGGAGGAUCAGAGAAGGGCCUGAAUCUAUUCAGAAUUGAGCUGGACAAGUACGUCCAGGGUCUGCAGGGCUGUUUGACUCCAGAGAUGCAUAACUUGGAGACAGAUGUCAGGCCCUACCUGAACCAGUGGUAUGAAGAGUCAGUAAUGCACAUUCACAGAGUGGUUCAGCUGUUGCAGGGGAACGUCGGGUACCUUCUGCAUGCUGCUUUGAGUCACAAGCUUGUAGAGGUCACAGGGACGGAUGAGAAGACAGAAGCAGAUGUAGCAAGAUUCAUCAAAGCAGCAAGUCUGCAGGGUCUAGUCCAGGAAGACACCACUACAGCCUCCCUCUGUAAGGCCAUGUCAGAGGACUCUCACACCAACCUGAUCAUCAACUACUCAACCAGCCCUCCCACACUAACCAAUGAAGUCAGUAACCGGUUCUGUGACGACUGGAUCCAGGCCUUCCUCAAUGCUGCUGAGCGCUUUAACCCUUUCCUCCUCCGUCAGAUCCUGGAGAACUUUAAACUUAAGGCCAUCCAGGACAUGAACAACUUGAAGCGCUUCAUCCGUCAGGCUGAAAUGAGCCACUACGCUCUGUUCCGCUGCUGUCUGUUCCUGCAAAGCUGUGGAAACGGGGAUGUGCUGCUGCAGAACGCACGCGCCGAGCACAGCAGCUUUCCAGAGGCCUGUGGAAUCAUAAACGUGCUGGAGGAGUUCCUCGGUGAGCAGGCGCAGGGCACGCUGUACUGACACCUCCCCGUCUGCAGGGGGGCACAGUGUUUCAUACACUUACCUAUCUGAGAGCACCUUGAAAGGAGUUACCCCUGAAUUGGCUUAAUGCACAGCUGCACUACUUCCUGAACUUCAGCCAGCUCCUUUGUUUCCUGUCUGCCAUUAUUGGCCAAACUGAUUAA